UGAUGAUAUUGGGCCUGGUGGUAUCGAUGAUGUGAGCUUGGAGGACACAGAUGAUCAGGAAAGCGAUGUGGAGGAAAUCAUAGAGACAUCAACUGAAAAAAGGAGAAGACUUGCAAAGCAAUAUAUUGAAUCCAUUAAGGAAGGUUUAGAUGAAACUGGCUUUGAUGCAGAGGAUAUUGAUCGAGAUCUAAUUGCUGAACGAUUACGAAAAGAUGUGCUGGAACAAACGGGACGAGCUCAUCGUAUAAUAGCUGAUACGUUUUCGUUUCCUAUAGAUUCUGGAACUACGAAAUCUGGUCGUCAUGAACUUUCUGUUACUUGC